AUGCACGCCUCCCACCUUCUUGUCGCCCUCUCCGCCGUCGGCAUGGCCACCGCUGCUGUUAGGCGCACCUGCAGACACGACAGAGCCAACCCCGGCAGGGGCUGGUACUAUAUCGUCGAGGGCGACGACCUCAACCACAUCGCUGCCGACUUUGACACCACCGCCGCGUUCAUCGGCAAGCUGAACGGCAUCACCAACCUCGACUUCAUUCCGGCCUGGACGACCAUUAUCGUCCCCUGCUGA